AUGAAUGAACUGCUCAACCACAAGAAACGACUCACGAUGGAAGAGCAUGGAGAGGAUGAUCAUCCCGAAGAGAAGAAGUUGAAAUUGAUGGGAUCACCUUCAACACUUUCAAAAUCAUCUUUCAUCAUGGAUGGACUGCCUCAUGAAAUUCUUAUUGAAAUAUUUGAAUAUUUCAACGGAUGUGUGUUGUUGAAAAUCAUGUCCAAAGUGUGUAGAGAAUGGAAUGAAGUAAUUUCAAACAAAUUGAAUUGGAAAUUAUUGGUUUCAAGAAGAUGUGGAUUUGAUCCUUUGAUUCCUCCAAUAAUUUCCGUUCCGAACGCACAAGAUCAUCCAAAAGAAUUUAACCAAUUCUGGAAACGAUAUUUCAUUGAAAAAAUUGCAAAACACAAAUAUCAGAUCAUUACAUUGUUGCUUCAAGACACCAAAAACAACUCUUCAAAUACAAUUUCAAGAGAAGACAUUUUCAAAAGUGGAUGGACUGUUGAAGAAUCAAUACCAAGAUAUUUGACAUUUUCUUUGGAAUACAUUUCAAAGCACUACCUUCAAACCGUGUGGUUGACUAGUGACAAUCAUGAAAACGAUAACAACGAAACAGAAAAAUUUGAAUUCAUUUCGAAUAUUGAACAAUUCUUUUGGGAAUCAACACCACUAUUCACUGGCUCAUCUGUGAAUACAAGUGACGACUAUAUUGCUCUGGGAGAAUCAAAACUUGGAGGUUAUCCUGACUUUCCUCGAAAUUUUGAAUGGCCCACAGAUGAUGAAGGCAACAAGUGGUGUUUCAUUGCUCAGCUCAAUGUUCAACAAUUAGAAUAUUUUGAUUUGACAAAUACUGUCAUUCCCAAAGGUGGAGGAAUGAUUUAUAUUUUCAGUCCACAAAAUGCGUACGAACGUGAUGGAUCCUAUUGGGGAUGGAGAAGGAAUGAUCCACAACCCAUCACAUGGCUCAAUGCUAACCAAAUUAAAGAAAUGGGUGGGUUGGAAAGAAGAAAAACCCCUAGUUCAAUCAUUGACAAUACUCACAAUGAUGAUGAUGACUAUGUCACGCAACCACUUUACAGCACAGCUCAUAGAAUGAUCAUUUCAUCACAUGUAGAAAACAGCACCAAUUAUCGUUUUAAUGAGCUGAGACGUACGAAAAAAUUUCCUCUAUUUUGUGGCCAUUGCUCUGGAAUUAAGGCUCCCUAUGAAGCAAGAUUGUUUCAUGUCGCCAAUGAAAAAGAUCAUCAUUCUGACUACUUGUAUGUACGAACUGCAGAGGGCGACGUAGACUCUUUGACCUCGUUGUCAGAAAUAUUGGACGUUUCAGAAACAUUCAUGGAUACGAGCCGUCUCUAUGUCUUAAUGGAAGAAAACACCGAGAAAUUGGAGAACAAAGCCAAGAACCUUAGGCUUUUUACCAUGGAUCCUAAGGAUGAUUCCUUUCAUGUUUUUAACAGUUGGAAUGCUUUGCCCGUGUGUCAUUCAUAUUUUAUUCCUCAUGACAUUGUUUUGGAAAUUGAAAAUGAGGAUACAGACUUCUGGAGCAACACUACAGAAUUUAUUUAUGAGAUUGAAAGCCAAGACGAAAAGACUACUCUUUCUCGUUCAUGUGAAAAAUUUAAAAUGGCAGAAGUGUUGUAUUUGGACAAGUUUGAUUUACAGUUGGAGCCGCCAGGACCUGACAUGGUUUUCUAUCUACCAGCCUAUAGCUUCAAGACAGGUAUUAUUGAAAAAUCAUUGGCUGAGCUUCCAGAAAUGUGA